GGACUGCACUGGCUGGAGGAGGAGCUGCAGUCCGAUUGCUUUGGAAAACUAGUGCUUGCUUGGAAACAAUCCAUUUUUCAUUAGCCCCACAAUGUAAUGUAAUCGACUAAAAGGUGGCGGAAAUUUUUGGACACGCCAAGAAUCCGUUCAAUCUCGCUUCUGCUUCGAAUCGUUUGGGUGCCCGUUGAAACUUCGAGGCCUGCUUAGGUUAGCCUAGCGUAGCUUAGCCGCUAACAAAGCGAACAAACAACGCGCCUGGGUUCGACAUGUCGCCGAGCAAGCAAACAUCACGUGCCAAAAUGUCAGAUGUCAGUCUAGCGUAUCGUUCUGAAUGCCAGGAGUCUGCUCACAUGGAAGAAAAGGAGGAAGGGUCUCUAUACGUCAAGAAGGUGGAGGAAGAAUUCGUCCUCAUUAAAGAGGAGCAGGAGGAGUAUCACAUUAGAGUGGAGAACCCCCACAUUGAGGUGCGGCAGCACCCUCAUCCCGUCAAAAAGGAGGAGGAGGAUCCUCCAUAUGUUAAAGUGGGAGUGGUAGACAUCCCCAAGUGGACUGGUAAGCCUUUGAAGGGGGAAGAUGACAGUCCGAGUGAGGCCAGUAGAGGGGCGAAGCCUCCAAAUGGCAGCAGCAGUUCAAAAGAAGGAUUCCAAGCAGACAACCUCAUCGCUCGACCAUCAGAGAGUGACGACUUCACUUCACACUCGCUGUUCUGUUUCAGAAAAUAUUUUGGUCCUGAGCAACAGGAGUCAGGGUCUAGUGGCGUGAAAGACGAAGUAGAGCACCCGCAAAUAAAAAAGGAAGAGCCAGAUGACCCUCGACAGCAAAAGACAGAAGAACAACUUUCAAUCAAAAAGGAGGAGGUAGAGCUUACGUUAAAGGGAGAGCCAUAUGUUAAAGAGGAGGACGAUAUCACCAGGCCAUUUUGUGAGCCCUUGAAGAGUGAAGAGGGCCUGAGUGAGACCAGCAGAGGAGCGGAGCCUCUAAGCGGCAGCAGCAGCAGCAGGUUAACAGAAGGAUUGCAAGCGGACAGUUUCACCGCUCCGCUAUCAGAUAGUGAAGACGCCAUGUCACACUCGCCUGACAGUGACAACAAAUGCAAAUGCUCUCAUUGUGGGAAAACCUUCAUUAAUAAGUAUAAUUGUCGUAGACAUAUGAGGAGCCACGAUGAAAAACCUUUUUCUUGCUCAGUUUGUGGCCAAAGAUUCAGUCAGAAGAGCACCUUAAAACAACACACAGGAACCCACAAUGGAGAAAAACCUUUUUCCUGCAAAGUUUGUGGCCAACAAUUCUCUCAGAAGGGAAACUUAAAACAACACACAAGAACCCACACUGGAGAAAAAGCUUUUUCCUGCAAAGUUUGUGGCAAAAGAUUCUCUUCAAAGAGAGACCUAGCAGUUCACACAAGAACCCACACUGGCGAAAAACCUUUUUCCUGCUCAGUUUGUGGUCAAAGAUUCACUCAAAAGCAACACUUAAAAAAACACGAAAGAACCCACACUGGCGAAAAACCUUUUUCCUGUUCAGUUUGUGGUCAAAGAUUUAGUCAAAUGACCACCUUAAAACGACACACAAGUACCCACACUGGAGAAAAACCUUUUUCCUGCUCAGUUUGUGACCAAAGAUUCUCUCAAAAGGGAAACCUAAAACAACACACAAGAAACCACACUGGAGAAAAACCUUUUUCCUGCUCAAUUUGUGACCGAAGAUUCAUUUGGAAGAGCGGCCUAAAAAUACAUUCAAGAACUCACACUGGAGAAAAACCUUUUUCCUGCCCAGUCUGUGAUCAAAGAUUUGCUCAGAAGCAAGACUUAAAAGAACACAGAAGAACCCACAGUGGAGACAAACCUUUUUCCUGCUCAGUUUGUGACCAAAGAUUCAGUUGCAAGAGCGCCCUAAAAAUACACACAAGAACCCACACUGGAGAAAAACCGUGACGUAGUUUUAUUUUGAAAUGUUCACCGGAGGUGGUGGGAAAAAGAGGGCUAAGAUCCUGUGGGACAGACUGAUAAGGUGGUCGUUGCCAACCAACCGGACGUCAUGAUCAUGGAUAAGCAGCAGAGGACAGAUGCCGAUAUCAGGAAAAAGAACACGAGAAAUGAAUUCUUGCCAUAGCUUACCAGAUUGGACAUGUUGUCUGAUUACGUUGUUUACUUUGCACCAUCAACUGUUUUAUUCUUUAUCAAGGUCAUUAGAGUUGGCAAGUUUCUCAGUUCGCUUUGAACUUCCAUCAUGCUCCAAACAAUUAUCUACUUACUCCUUGAUGAGGGUAAUACAGUAACAGCUUGCAAAGUCGAGCUCACAAGUCAAAACACCGGUCACCUGCCAAUACUCGCAAAUAGAGGUAUUGUGUUUCUCACAUGUUUUUAAUAAUACUUGAAAAUAGGCUAAAUAACAGUCAUAUUAGCCACAUCAGAGUAUUUUUUUAGUGCCUCAUCAGAUAUAUACGAGAGUACUUUAGUUAGCGUCCUGGCAAAGUCCAGUUACCUCCCCGCCCGCCCGCAUACCCGUUCUUGUAUGUCCGCAUCUUGAAGUUCAGCUACGUUGAUUGCUUCCAGCAGCAUCUUUCCUCAGAUGAGCUAAACUUCCAUUUUAGAGAAUGCAUGUCAUUUUUGAUCUUUAGGUACACAGUCAAAUUCAAUAAAAUAAUUCUAAAACUGACAUUACAUUAGUGUUAGAUGCAGUGUUUUUUGUUUGUUCUUUAUUCAUUUAUUUUUGCGUACUUGUGAUUUGUGACAGGUAGAUUUGCUUCAGCUUUUGAGACCAAUCUGGAAAAAAAAAAUUCAAAAUACACUUUGAAUUGCCUCUGGAAAAUAUUGUCAAAGUUGUACUUCCUCGGGGAUUUUUAUUGACAAACAUGUAAUUUAGACGUUUAAUAAUUAAUAUAUAGACUGUUGAAUAUUAUUGUAUUUCUUGAAAAA